AAGAACCCAGGUGUGGGUCAAGCACUGCACAUAGUUUCAGUUUGGCAGCAGCAUCCAGUGUCCUGCUGGCAGCUUCUAGGAAGGCAGGGGUUUCGGACUGGCCGGCAGGCUGUUCCCCCGAGGCUGAGUCGACGGGAGAAAAGGAAGUGUCUAAAACAUCCAAGCAAGAAAUUGGACUGGGCAACACAGCCUGGAGGGAUCCACCAGCGAUGACACUCUUCUUCCUUGCCUGCCUGCUGGCCGUCCUCCCAGUGGUCUCCAUGAAGAGUCCCAUCUUUGGUCCCCAGGAGGUGAGCAGAGUGGGAGGCAGCUCAGUGUCCAUCAAAUGCUACUAUCCAGACACCUCUGUCAACCGGCAUUCCCGGAAGUACUGGUGCCAGCAGGGAGCCAAGGGCCGCUGCACAACCCUCAUCUCAGAUACCUACAUCUCCAAGCAGUAUGAAGACAGAGCCAACAUCACCAACUUCCCAGAAAGCAACAUGUUUGUGGUAGACAUUAGCGAUCUCACCGAGAAGGACUCUGGGCACUACAAGUGUGGUGUGGGCACUGUCAACCAAGGCCUAUUCUUUGAUGUGAAACUGGAGGUCAUCCCAGGUCCUGGGCUCCGAAAUGACACUGAAGUCUACACAGCAGAGCUGGGUGGAACAGUGACUAUCAACUGCCCUUUCAAGCCUGAGAAUGCUGAUAAGAAGAAGUCUGUGUGCAAGAAGACAGGAGAGACCUGUGUCCUAGUCAUCGACUCCAGUGGGUCUGUGAACCCUAACUACAACAACAGAGCUCACAUCAGUAUUCAGGGCACCAGCCAAACAGCCUACAGCUUUGUCAUCAACCGAGUCCAGCUCAGCGAUGCUGGGGCGUAUGUUUGCAAGGCUGGGGAUGAUUCUAACAGUGACAAGAGCAAUGUUGACCUGGGUGUGCUGAAACCCGACACUGAGCUACUUUAUGGAGACCUGAGGGGUUCUGUGAUCUUUGACUGUGCUGUGGGCUCCGAGGUGGCACAUCUGCCCAAAUUUCUGUGCCGGGAGGUCAAAGGGAAACCUUGCGAACUGGUCAUCAACACACUGGGGAGGAUUGCUCAGGCGUUUGAUGGAAGGGUCCUGAUUACUCCCAAGGCAAGGGGCUUCUUCAGUGUGCAUAUGACUGGCCUGAGGAAAGAAGAUGCAGGAAGCUACCAGUGUGGAGCCCACUCUGAUGGUGAGCCUGAAGAAGGCUGGGCCACCCAGGCUUGGCAACUCUUCGUCAACGAAGAGACUACAAUCCCUCGUAGUCCCUCUGUGGUGAAAGGUGUGCUAGGGGGCUCUGUGGCCAUGCUCUGCCCCUACAACCUUAAGGACAGAAACAGCAUGAAGUACUGGUGUCGCUGGAAUGAGAAAAGUGGCUGCCCACAGGUGGUGAACAGCAUGGGACUGAGUAAUAAGGAGGAGUACAAACAAUACAGGGGCCGGCUUGUCCUGCAUGAAGAGCCAGGCAAUGGCACCUACACGGUCAUACUCAACCAGCUCACCAACGAGGAUGCCGGAUUCUACUGGUGUCUGACCAGCGGCAACACUCACUGGUGGUUCACAGUGGAGCUCAAGAUUGUCGAAGGAGAGCCAAACCUCAAGGUACCCAAGAACGCCAUUGGAUGGCAGGGAGAGACUCUCGAGCUGCCUUGCCACUCGCCGUGCAAAUAUUUCCCCUACGAGAAAUAUUGGUGCAAGUGGAGCAACAAAGGUUGCAAGGCCCUGCCCAUCCAAGACAACAGCACCAAGCAGCCCUCUGUGAGCUGUGACCAAAACAACCAGCUCACCUCCCUGAUCCUGAAUCCAGUCAAAAAGGAGGACGAGGGCUGGUACUGGUGCGGGGUGAAGGAGGGCCUCCGGUUUGGAGAGACUGCAGCUGUCUACGUGGAGGUCAAGGAGAAGGCAAAGGGGUCGCAAGAUGUCAGCCAAGUGAACGCAGCUCCUGGUGAGGAGGUGGUAGAACAAGGUGUCAGACAGAUUGAGAACAAAGUCGCUCAGGAUCCCAGAGGUUUUGCAGAAGGAGUAGUAGUAGUGGAGGAUACUGGAGACCCAGACGGUGGGAGCAGAGCAUCCGCAGACCCCAGCAGCUCCAGCUCUGCAGGACAAGGAGGGAAUUCCACAGUACUGGUCUCCACCCUGGUGCCCCUGGCCCUGGUGCUGGCGCUGGGAGCCAUGGCGGUGGCGGUGGUGAGAGCUCGGCACAGGAGGAAUGUUGACCGGAUUUCAAUUAGAAGCUACAGGACAGACAUUAGCAUGUCAGACUUUGAGAACUCCAAGGAUUUUGGAGCCAAUGACAACAUAGGAGCCUCUCCAGUCACUCAAGAGACAUCUCUCGGAGGAAAAGAUGAGUUCAUGGCUACCACUGAGGACACCGUGGAGACUGAAGAGCCCAAGAAGGCAAAGAGGUCCUCCAAGGAAGAAGCUGAAAUGGCCUACUCUGCCUUCCUGAUCCAAGCCAACAACAUGGUGACCGAUGUCCAGGACGGCCCCAGCGAAGCCUAGGCAGAGCACUGGCCACCAUCUCCUUCCAUGCUUGACAAUCGCCUUCAGAAUCAAUCACACUGAUCUUUAGGGCCUUCAGCUCUGGGGGCUUCACUGUCUGCACUCACACCCCACCUAGGCUUUCCCUACCUGUCCUCAAAGAGUGUGCUGGUCCCUCCUAGUGACAUCCCAGCCUGGCCUCAUUCCUAUUGGGGGUGGGGAGUUCCCACCUGAGGGAACUUAUUACUCACAAGACAACUAAGGUGUGGAAGGAGAAUGAAAUUUUUAGAGAGGCCUUGUCGAACAGAGAGCCCAGGAUGUGUGGGGAGAUGAUUUUAGAAAGGAGGACCAUUUGGUGCUUCUCUGCACCCUGAUUAUGGGAUGUCAGUAAGAUUCUCCUUUUCACUGAAUCCCUUCAUCUCCCAUUCCCUCCUUCCCAUUCAUCCUCUCUUCUUCUUUCAUUCAUUGAAAAUAUAUCAUAUAUGAAUCCUUACCAGCACCCAGGCACUCUGUUAGAUGCAUGAACAGAGAAGCUACAUACCAAGUCUGCAGCCUUUCUGCAAACAUCACUGAGUCCUUGGAAGCCACAGCUCCUCUCAGGGUAUAUGUACUCACUAAGACCUGAAAUCCUCAUCAAGAGUACUUACCUCUCUACCCAUGAUGGGAGAAAUCAUACCAUGUCUGGAGCACUAAGCCCUGAGGGAUACAUACAAUGAAUCAUGAACACACAGUCUUAACAUUUCACAGGAGAGAAAAUUGAGGUCCUGAGAGUUGAAGAGGUUUGCUCAGGACCACUAAGUGAGAUACACUAGUGUCAAAGCUAGAUUUGCUCUCUCCUAUUUUCUGGGCCAGAGAUCUCUCUCUAAGGGCCCCUGCUUGCCUGGUGAAAAGAGAAUUCCAGAAUGAAGAGAAGUAAGAGGAGGAGGAGAAGGAGAAGGAAGAGGAAGAGGAGAAAGAGGAGGAAGAGAAAACUGUACAUGGAGGAUGGUCUUUCACAGGCCCCACCUCAGGGAAGACAGCCAUUUCCCAUUCUGUCACUCACAGGGACCUAAGAGCAUAAGAGAAUGGUCAAAUACUCAUAACCCCUGUACGGGAAGAGUUCUGAGU